AUGAAGCCUGCUUUCUCUCUCGCCGCCGUCUUGGCAGUCAUACUGCCCCUUGCGAUCGCCAGAGAUGACGCCGUUCACGCAUUGCGUGACUUGAUCGACGAGGGCGAGCUUGCCUCCAAGGCCGAGACCAUCCAAGCAUUUGCGUAUGCGUCACCCGAGAAGAAUAGAUACAUCGGCACUGCGGGACUCGAGAGCUCGCUGCAAUACAUCUGGGACACCCUAGACGACCUUGAUUACUACGACCUCACUCGCCAAUCCUUCGAGUUCACUCAGCGUGGCCGAACGUUUCAAACGUACAACAUCAUUGCCCAAACAAGGGAUGGCGACCCAUACAACGUGCUGCAACUUGGUGCCCACAUGGACUCAGUCGCCGAAGGACCUGGAAUUAACGACAACGCAUCGGGUGGUAUCGGAAUCUUGGAAGUCGCUAUUCAGCUCUCCAACUUCACUGUCACCAACAGCGUCCGCUUUUCAUGGUGGUCGGCUGAAGAGGUAGGGCUUAUCGGCUCAACUGUGUACGUUGAUUCAUUGACUGAGGAGGACCGGGAGAAAAUUCGCCUCUACCUCAACUUCGAUAUGAUUGCCUCCCCUGCUCAUGAAAUUGGUGUCUACACAAGCAACUUCACCGGGACCGGCGUGACCCAGGCACCCGGUGUCGAGGAAGCGGAGAAGUUCCUCCAGGACUACUUUGAUGACGUCGCCGACCUGGACUGGAAGACGGCUACCCUACGCGGGACAAGUGAUCAUUGGCCGUUCGUGUUGGCAAACAUCCCGACAGGUGGCCUGUACGCUGGUGCUGACCCGAACUACCAUACCGACGAUGAUGUCGUCGCCCACAUGGAUACCGGGGUCUUUGUCGAGAUUACAAAAGCCAUUGCUUAUGCUGUGGGUACUUACGCAGAGAGUUUCGACGGACUGCCGUCAAGGGAGAUCGUCGUCGAUUGA